AUGACCCAGGUGGGAGAUCACAUACCGCCCUCUGCAAAACCAUUAGUUCCCUAUCUUCGAUCUUGCCGGGAAAUUCUCCGUAUUCGCCAGGCCUUGACUCUUCAGUUGCAAUCUCACAUUGUCUCAGACGGCCCUGACGGCAGCAGCGACCAGAACCAUGUGGGCAACCCCGCGAGCUCACAUCUCUCUCUCGUCGUCCCAAAUCAAGCGAAUGCGAAUGUCAAACGUAUAACAACCGAGGCGACUGGAGUGAGAAAGGAAUAUAUGAAAACUUUGCAAGAAAAUAUUGCUAUAAAACGUGAAUACAAUGCCCUGUUCGAUCGAAUUACAUCGAGACGGGCUGCCGACCUGAAAACCGCCCCCCAUACUGCUGUCAACAGUCAAGAAGUGUUCAAUCACUACUUAGACCUGCUUCGGGAACGACGCCGGUACGAGGAAUUGCAGUUAUUUGACAUCCACCUGAAGGAAUGGGCUGCGACAUCUGAACCGCCAACGGAACAGGACAAUUCGAGAUUGCACCUCAAUCUGGACGGACUUGUAAUAGAAAAAGGAGACGGAUCGACGAACGGGCCAAGAGAUAACGUUCAUGCAUUGAUAUCGAAACUGGAGAAAACCGUGGUCCGAGCCAAGGCAAAGCUUGCCAGAGAACAGCAUCUACUCAAACAAUUGCAGGAUUUACAGGUAUCCACACGUUCCGCCAAUAAUACGAUCAGCCCCAACGUCCGCGCACUGCAGAGAACACGCGAUGAGCUUGUUCAGUGGGUGGAGGAGAAACUGGCCAUCACGGGUACGGGAGAUGAUACGAACGAGCCGCAGUAUGAAAACGGCACAGCAGCAAACAGCACUGAAACCUCACAACUCGCGGCUGCUGAGUACAAAUCGCGAAUUCAAGAACAAUACGUUGCAUACGUGAAAGCGCGCCAGUCCUUGCUUGAUGCAAUAUCUGGGUUGUCUCAACCGUACAAGAACACGGUGACGGCACCAAACAUAUCUGCACAAAAACCUCCAGAGGUCGCCGGCAUCAACGAAAACACAGAGGAAUGGGGUUCGAUCGAUGUAUUCCAGAACGUGUCUGAGCACAUUUUACCCGCGUCAAAAUACCAAAAAUCACUGGCUUUACAGCGCUCAUACUUGGUUGGCAUGUUGGCGAAAGAAAAGACCAACCUCAAACAUACUAUGGAUCGACUAAGUCAAGAAAGUCACUUAUUACCUCAGUAUCCUAUUCUAGCACGCCAGCCGCAAUUCAGACACAUUACACCUGCUGCCUCAGCUGGAGUACGACAGGAUCAUAGAGCAGGAAAGGUUGAUGAGAUUGUGGAACGCGCUCAAGCAUGGGCGUUUGCUGCCGAGGCCGCCGGGUCUAGUGAAAGCGAUUACAUACAACAAAGAAUCGAGCACGGAGCUGAGAUGGCAGACACAGCUUCCGAACAGCUGCAACAAGUUUACAAUAUUUUGCGUCAAGAACAGAGUACCGAUAAUGACGAUAAGGAUGAUACGGCUCAGCAAGAGAGCGAUAUUUGGACGGCGGAAGUCCAGCCUCGCAAGGCCAGGGCAAAGCGAAUCGAAAAAGUACAGCAUACGAAAGGGCCAUGGUCUGCACUUGAUGGAAGUGUUGGAAUUAAUUAA